CACAUAUCAAAAUUUCAUCCAAUGCCAAAACUUUCUUCUACAACUGACACAGCAACUAGCACAACUACAAAUAAUAAGGGGAAGGGUAAAGCAUUACAGCCCAUCUCCGUAGCCACCCGAGUACUUCCACCGCGCAAACGUGUCUCGGCUCUAGCAUCUAGUAGCAACAAUAUCAGCCCUUCAAGUAGUAGCAUAACAUCACGCUCAACUUCAGCAUCAUCGACCUCACCGCCACCGCCCCCAGCACUGGCAACAAUAGCAGCGGCACAGACAACACAACAGGCGACGACAACUCCAUCGCCACCAGUACCGACAGCGUCUCUAUCAACAUCGUCAGUGUCCUCUACGUCUUCAUCUUCGUCAUCAUCUGCCUCGUCGCUGGACGGUAUCGCACCUACCACGACAACAACAGCAACAACAAUACGUCGAUUAUCAGAGAGAAAAUCCCAUCUGCAUCCAUCUUAUAUAGCAUAUUCACCGCGUGCAGAUCCCACCCUCUAUAUUGAUCAGCUUGAUACACCAAUGUCGGAUGUCAGAGAAAACAAACGACGAGCACGGCCAAUAUCUUCAUUUAGCGAACUAAACCUAGCACCACCUGUGCCCUCAAAGCGAUCACGACACCACCCACGGUCUCGAAUUCAUCAUGCCCAACAGAAAUAUCAAGAACGACAAGAGGCCGCGGCUGCCGCUGCAGCAGCAGCAGCCAAGGCAGCAGCUAGUUCAAUAGCAUACCGACAGCGGCAACAGGAAAAGCAGGAGCAACAGCAACUAUCACCGCCACGACCACAACUACAAAAACAAGUACAUCAAGCACAACAGAAACAAACACAACAAACAGCUCAAGCCCAGCACAAACACCAGCAACAAAAAGCUACUUUGUCGUUUUCUUCUAAAUCGUCGUCGGCAACGGCGGCAGCACAGUCUUCAAUACAUCGCCGUGGUCCGGAAUAUGCAUAUCCUCGUGAUUCGCUUCAAGUACAUUUAACCCAAGAUCUACCAGUAAUAGACGACAAACAGUUGAAUGAGAAAGCCAAGGAGAAGGAGUAUUGGCGGCGGCAACGACGCGUGUUUGUUCGUAGUCGUUUUAUCACCAACGAAGAAGCAACAGCGAUCGCUAAUUCUGUAUAUAAGAGUAAUCCCGUUGGACCACAAGAUCGGAUCGUCGUUACGUUUCAAGCUAACAUUGCCAACUUUCGUUCAAAGUGGCGUAAGCUAUUAAAAGAGCUUGUUAAAAGGUUUAGCGUGAGCAGGAACAUGGUGACUGCCCAGGACAGUGAGCCGUUUGAACGUGAAGUACGCUCCAAGGUCGACACAGUUAUGCUGCAAAGAGUAUGGGGUCAUUGGCUGUCUGAUCCUUUUAUUGACGAAGAAGUAUUCUAUGCCAAUCCGCAAAACGUGGAAACACUUACCGCUGUAACCGUGCAAGCCAUUUGUGUCACACUUCGAUAUCACUAUGGCUUCAUGAAGGAACGCGACUUUCGCAAGCAACUGGAUGAUCUCGACAGAUACACUCGAAAUCUCGAAUUACCCGACCCAUUUUCCUCCGUUCAAUAAACACUUUUUUCCUUUUACUAUGCUGCAUAUACACUUUGCUACUUCCGUCUUCCCUCCCCUCUGAUAUCUAAUAACUCUGAAUUAGUUUAUUGCAAUCUCAUCCCAACCUCCUCAAACACAAUCCACAUCCGUGUAUAAGAACUUUGCACAAGAUUUAUAAAAAUUUACUAAUAAGACAAAGGAAAAAAAAUC